AUGGAGUUUUCAUGGAACAUCAGUGAAAACUAUACCUUCUCAACUCCAAUCAACUCACCGAGCAAGAUCAAUACAACCGAGUCUAUCUACGGGACGUACGUUGAACGCCAAAUCUUGUCUGGAGUCGGAUUUGUCGCCACUUUCAUCGGUCUCCUCGGAAACCUGGCAGUCAUUUAUGCCAUUCUGACCGUCAAGAAACUGCAGACUAAAACCAAUGUGUUUGUUCUGAAUCUCGCUCUAGCCGAUGUGCUGACAGGUAUCCAGGGUCCCUUGCAAGCCGUGACCGUCUUGAGCGACGAGCUAGUCAUACCUUCUUGGAUGUGCAAUUUUGCCGCGUUUUGUUUUCUAACUUGCAUUGGGUGCAGUAUUAACACCCUAGCCUUAAUUGCCGUCAACCGACUGGUUGGUAUCACGACUACGGCUAAGUACCACAACCUGUACACCCAUUUCAAGCUCUUUCUGAUGAUCUUCGUAUCAUGGGGCGUGCCUGUAGCCACAGCCACUAUCCCACUCUUCACCAGUUACGCCAAGUAUGGAUUCAACCCUAUCUACAAAUCCUGUUCUUGGUCGUCCAACAAGUCCGAUAUUUUUACAUACGCAAAACUCAUAUGUGUACUGUAUUUCCCUCUCCAGUUUACCAUCCUCUUUGUCAGCUACUUGAAAAUCUACUUGUAUGUGACAAGGACAACUCAAUCCAUGCUGAGACUGGACAACGAUGGAGAGAGCGAAGGUGCAGGACAGCAAACACUUCAAAGACAACUUUGGAAACGUCAGGUGACUGUUACAAAGAACUUGUUCACAGUGGUAUGCGUGUUCGUCCUCUGCUUGUGCCCCUUCUUCGCAACACUCGGACUACCAAGCAAUGUCGCCAAAAACCUCCUGUCCUACGCAUCCUUGAUCCUCAUGAGCAACAGUGCAGUCAAUCCGAUCAUCUACGGAACUAAACACCCGGAUUUCAGAACGGCGUUUGCUCACAUGUUGCGUUGUAGAAGGAUGAAGUAUACACCUCAGACGGCUCUCUUGGGGCAGAAUAGUACCAAUAUAAGAACUAUAUCUGCAAGCAUACAGCUCGUGUAA